CUUGAGAUGAUAUUCCCUCCAUCAUUUUUUGACUCAAUGGAGCAUCUCCCUAUACAUCUACCGUUCGAGGCAAAAGCUGGAGGACCGGUCCAAUAUAGAUGGAUGUACCCAUUCGAAUGGUACUUGUUUAAUCUCAAGAAAAAGGUUAAGAACAAGGCGCAUGUUGAGGCUUCGAUAUGUGAGGCCUAUAUUGUUGAGGAGAUCUCAACAUUUAUCUCGUACUAUUUCGAACCUCAUCUGAGAACGAGAAUCAAUCGCGUUCCACAGCAUGAUGAUGGCGGUGAAGUGUCUUCCAGUGGGAACUUGUCAAUAUUCUCCAAUACUGGACGACCCACACCUAAAAAUGUCGUAAGAGGAAGAUAUUUGUCGGAAAUAGAGUUCAAACAAGCACACAACUAUGUUCUAUUUAACUGUGAUGAGCUGAGACCUUUUAUUCAGUAAGUUUAUACUAAUUAAACUUUGUUAGUAAUAUACUAUUAAUUAUAUAUUGUAAUAUCAUACACUCAUUAUCA